UUCAUGCAGGAGAGCAGUGCGUUGGAUCCACGCUUUCGGACCUUGCAACAUCUAGGCAGUGGAGAGAGAGAGGACGUCUUUGAAAGAAUAAAGUUCAAAGCAUCACAGAUGCAACAACAGGACCAAGAUGUGCUGCCCAGGAGCCCACAUCCAGCAGAUCUGGACGACAGCAGCGCGAGCUUUGUGCCUCCUCUUAAGAAGCAUGCCCUUGAGGACCUCCUUGGCUCUUCUUUUAGCAGUAAUCAAGUCACAGGUGGAAUUCAGGCAGAAAUUGACUCUUACUGCAAAGAAGCAUUAGUUUCACUGUCUGCUUGCCCUCUUAAGUGGUGGAGAGACAAUGCAGGGCGGUAUCCUAUUCUGUCUUCAUUAGCAAAGACCUACCUGUGUAUACCCGCUACCUCAGUGCCCAGUGAAAGGGUAUUUUCAACAGCAGGGGAUAUUGUAAAUGCCCAGAGGUCUCUUCUUCUCCCUUGCAAUGUAGAUCUUUUGAUUUUUCUAAAGAAAAACUUGAACAUUAGCUAAAGAAUAGUUCAGUGUUUUUCAGAAGGCUUUUUGCCAGACAGUUUA